AUGUCGACCCUUGUUGAGGCCACCUCGGAGGCGGAAUUCGCAGCCCAUUUGAGUUCCCUGCCUCCCACAUCGCUGCUUGUGCUCUACUUCCAUGCUCCAUGGGCCGCACCCUGUGCGCAAAUGCACGCUGUCCUCUCCGCGCUCGCAUCCCAAUACCCUGUCGCCACCCCGCCCUCCAUCUCGUUCGUGAGUGUCAACGCCGAAGAACUCCCCGACAUCUCAGAAGAAUACGACGUCACGGCGGUCCCAUUCGUCGUACUUCUUCGCAACGGCAGCGUUCUUGAAUCCAUCAGCGGCAGUGAAGCCACCAAGGUGCGGGAUGCAGUGGAGCGCCACGCCGGGAGCGGAACGGGAGCCGGCGCAUCAAAAACUGUCAUCCCGCCGCCAUUGUCGACUGUCCCUAGGGGGAAUGGCCCUGCGACGGCCACACAGCCUCCGGUGAAUGAGGACGCUGCUCCCGCCUUGACGCCCGAACAGUCCAAGGAGGCGCUGUUCGCUCGCUUGGCGGAAUUGGUCAAGGCCGCACCGGUCAUGCUCUUCAUGAAGGGAACCCCUAGUGCACCUCAGUGUGGGUUCAGUCGGCAGCUGGUGGGGAUCUUGCGUGAGAGGAGCGUCAAGUAUGGGUUCUUCAAUAUCUUGGCUGAUGAGGAUGUCAGACAGGGACUCAAGGAGUUCGCUGAAUGGCCCACGUUCCCGCAGCUGUGGGUAAAUGGAGAAUUGGUGGGAGGUUUGGAUAUUGUUCGGGAUGAGUUAGACAACGAUCCGGACUUCCUUACCGAGUUUUCCGUGAACAAGUCAUCCGCUGCGGCAUGA